UCUAUCUCAGAGUGAGUCGGGCACCAGAUGCCAUCACCUGUCGCGAGGCUCAACACUGGUGUGGAGCGAGAGCGCGCACGCAAGAGCUUGUCCUGUGGCUAAUUUAACAGACACUGUCGCUGACAGAUUCAACAAUGUUUUUCAGUGUUUGUUAUUUUUACCUACUCUUCUCGUCUCCUUCGUGGGAUGUUUCACGCCUCCCUGCGUUUUACUGAUACAUAGGCUACUCAGAUCCAGCAUGGGGUCAUUUAACCAAUCCGGGUGGACGGGAUUCAUCCCUGGGGAUCAUAACUCCUCUUCCACUGGACUGGGAUUUUCAGGAUCUCCAGUUGGGAAUUACACCGGGAAUGUGUCAGAUCAAAGCAUGCCUUUCCAAGGGAGCAGCACGAUGGUUACCGCGGUCAUAUCAUUCACUGUGUUUAUCGUUGGACUUACCGGCAACACUCUGGCUAUCUACGUGGUUUUGCGCUACGCAAAGAUGAAAACGGUUACGAACAUCUACAUUUUAAACCUCGCCGUGGCCGACGAGCUGUAUAUUUUGGGCCUCCCUUUCCUAACGACGCAAAACGUACUCUCCUACUGGCCGUUCGGCUCAUUCCUGUGUCGCGUUGUAAUGACGGCGGACUCGCUAAAUCAAUUCACGAGCAUCUUCUGUUUGACAGUGAUGAGCAUCGAUCGCUAUUUAGCAGUCGUGCAUCCUAUCCGCUCCACUAGGUGGCGCCGGCCACGAGUAGCUAAAGCAGUUAGCGCGGCGGUGUGGGCAUUUUCGUUCGUCGUCGUUCUUCCCGUGGUGAUAUUCUCUGACGUUCAGGACAUGUUUAACUCAUGCAACAUGAGUUGGCCGGAGCCGCGAGACGUUUGGUCGACGGCGUUCAUACUCUACACGGCGACGCUCGGAUUCUUCGGCCCCCUGCUGGUCAUCUGCAUGUGUUACCUCCUCAUCGUAGUCAAGGUGAAGUCGUCCGGUGCGCGAGCGGGAUUUACCAAGCGCAGGCGCUCUGAGCGGAAGGUGACCCGCAUGGUGGUGAUAAUCGUGGUGGUGUUCGUCCUCUGCUGGCUGCCGUUCUACAUCAUUAACAUCGUAAACCUGGUGUUCAUCCUCCCGGAGAACAGCGUGAUGGUAGGGGUGUACUUCUUCGCCGUCAUCCUGUCGUACGCCAACAGCUGUGCCAAUCCGCUGCUCUACGGGUUCCUGUCCGACAACUUCAAGCAGAGCUUCCGGAAGGUCCUGUGCGUGCGCAAGGCGAAUGGCGUGGAGGAUGGCGAUCCCAGUUUGCCGCGGACUGAGAAAACGACGACCCACGACUCCUUCCUGACACCUCGGAACAAUGACUUUAAUGGACACGUCCAGGGCAGCCAGGAUCUGCAGUUAGAGUCUUGCUUGAGUGCAUCUGAGAGCCCUCAGCCUGCAAGACCCCAGAUCAUUGGCCAGUCCACACUCUAAAUGCUGUUUCUCUCUCUGUCUGUCCGUUUCAUCUUUAUCCCGUCUCCUUUUCUGUGCUCUAUUGUCUUAUCGUCUCUCUGUCCAUCCCUUGGAUUAUGUCUGUCUGUCCGCCUGUCUCUUCUUCUGCUGUUGUGGAAGGUGUGGCCUCAGCCUCAAGCCACGCCCCCAAACGUCCCGGCGACUCCACAUUCCCGCGCAGCAGAGCUCAGUCUCCACCCGGUGCCCGUCGUCUCCACGCCCAGCUCCAGUC